AUGUUUUCCAUUUUUCAACGAUGUCUUUUUUGGAAAAAGGGUUCACUCUUGACAUUAUAUUUAUUUAUAAAAGUUUCAAUUUUUUCUCCCUCUUUUUUGCCUUUCUUUCAUUCUUUUUUCUUUAUAUUUGUUUGUUUGUUUGUUUGUUUGUUUGUUUCUUUCUUUCUUUCUUAUUCAUCUUUUCUUUCUUUCUUUCUUUCUUUCUUUCUUUCUUAUUCAUUUUUCUUUAUUCUUUUUUUAACUUUUUCAUUCAUUUUACUCUUUUUUCUUUCUUUUACUUUGUUUUUUCUUUCUGUUCCUUUUUCUUUUCUUUCUUUUUCUUUCUUUCUUAUUCUUUUUUCUUUCUUUUCCUUUACCUUUUCUUUCUUUUUCUUUUUUCUUCUUUCUUUCUUUCUUUCUCAUUCAUUUUACUUUCUUUUUCUUUCUUUCUUUCUUAUUCUUUUUUCUUUCUUUUCCUUUACCGUUUCUUUCUUUUUCUUUUUUCUUCUUUCUUCCUUUCUUUCUUUCUCAUUCAUUUUACUUUUUUUCUUUCUUUCUUUCUUUCUUUCUUUCUUUCUUUCUUUCUUUCUUUCUUUCUUUCUUUCUUAUUCUUUUUCUUUCUUUUCCUUUACCUUUUCUUUCUUUUUCUUUUUUUUUCUUUCUUUCUUUAUUUCUUUCUUUCGUUCUUUCUUUCUCAUUCAUUUUACUUUCUUUUUCUUUCUUUCUUUCUUUCUUUCUUUCUUUCUUUCUUUCUUAUUCUUUUUUCUUUCUUUUCCUUUACCUUUUCUUUCUUUUUCUUUUUUUUUUUUCUUUCUUUCUUUCUUUCUUUCUUUCUUUCUUUUUCUUUCUUUCUUUCGUUCUCAUUCAUUUUACUUUCUUUUUCUUUCUUUCUUUCUUUCUUUCUUCCUUUCUUUCUUUCUCAUUCAUUUUACUUUCUUUUCUUUCUUUCUUUCUUUCUUUCUUUCUUUCUUUCUUUCUUUCUUUCUUUCUUUUCCUUUACCUUUUCUUUCUUAUUCUUUUUUUUUCUUUCUUUCUUUCUUUAUUUCUUUCUUUCGUUCUUUCUUUCUCAUUCAUUUUACUUUCUUUUUCUUUCUUUCUUUCUUUCUUAUUCUUUUUUCUUUCUUUUCCUUUACCGUUUCUUUCUUUUUCUUUUUUCUUCUUUCUUUCUUCCUUUCUUUCUUUCUCAUUCAUUUUACUUUCUUUUUCUUUCUUUCUUUCUUUCUUUCUUAUUCUUUUUUCUUUCUUUUCCUUUACUUUUUCUUUCUUUUUCUUUUUUCUUCUUUCUUUCUUUCUUUUUAUCUUUUUAAUUCAUUUUACUUUUUUCUUUCCUUUUCUUUGUUUCUUCAUUCUUUUCCUUUCCCCUUUCUUUUUUCUCGUUCAUUUUUCUUUCUUAUUCAUUUUCUUUCUUUUCCUUUUCUUUCUUUUUCUUCUUUCUUUCUUUUUCAUUCAUUUUACUUUCUUUUUUAUUUGUUCUUUCUUUCUUUCUUUCUUUUCCUUUCUUUCUUUCUUUCUUUCUUUCUUUCUUUCUUUCUUUCUUUCUUUCUUUCUUUCUUUCUUUCAACUCUGUAA